UCAGCGCUUGGGCUAGAAUAUCUAUGGGUCGAAACGUGAUGCGAUGAAUCCGAGAGAGACCGAAACUGGGACGAGGAGUGCGGCGGAAGCGGCGGGACUCCUGGGCAUGGGGGCUUCACCACAAUAGAGGCAGCAUCCCCACCCGCCCCCGCCAGCCCCUCUGGAGCAAAUCCCCCAAACCCCCUCGGGAAAAGGAUGGCGGCGGCACCUACCCAGAUCGAAGCCGAGCUGUAUUACCUGAUCGCUAGAUUCUUGCAGUCCGGACCCUGCAACAAAUCCGCUCAGGUGCUAGUGCAGGAGCUCGAGGAGCAUCAGCUUAUUCCGCGCCGGUUAGACUGGGAGGGGAGAGAGCACCGAAGAAGCUUCGAGGAUCUGGUGGCAGCCAAUGCACACAUUCCUCCAGACUACCUCCUUAAAAUUUGUGAGCGGAUUGGUCCCUUACUAGAUAAGGAGAUCCCUCAGAGUGUUCCUGGGGUACAGACAUUACUAGGUGUUGGUCGGCAGUCUCUGUUACGGGAUGCCAAAGACUGUAAGAGUACACUAUGGAAUGGCUCUGCUUUUGCAGCUCUACAUAGAGGCAGACCUCCAGAACUACCUGUAAAUUAUGUGAAACCUCCAAAUGUGGUCAAUAUCACCUCUGCCAGGCAAUUAACCGGAUGUAGUCGCUUCAGCCAUAUUUUCCCUUCAUCUGCUUACCAGCACAUUAAGAUGCAUAAGAGAAUUCUGGGACACUUGUCAUCUGUCUACUGUGUAGCAUUUGACCGAAGUGGGAGAAGAAUUUUUACAGGUUCAGAUGACUGUUUGGUGAAAAUUUGGGCAACAGAUGACGGUCGCCUUCUUGCUACACUUCGAGGGCACUCUGCUGAAAUUUCUGACAUGGCUGUUAACUAUGAAAACACUCUCAUUGCCGCAGGCAGCUGUGAUAAAGUUGUAAGAGUGUGGUGUCUUCGAACUUGUGCACCAGUUGCAGUCCUUCAGGGACAUUCAGCUUCUAUUACUUCCAUACAGUUUUGUCCAUCAACUAAAGGCAUAACCAGAUACCUCACUUCUACUGGUGCUGAUGGAACUAUCUGUUUCUGGCAAUGGCAUGUAAAAACAAUGAAGUUUAAAGAUCGCCCAGUGAAAUUUACUGAGAGAUCUAGACCUGGAGUUCAGAUAUCUUGUUCAUCUUUCAGUUCUGGUGGUAUGUUCAUUACAACAGGUAGCACUGACCAUGUCAUUAGAAUAUAUUAUUUGGGUUCUGAGAUCCCUGAGAAAAUUGCUGAAUUAGAGUCACAUACGGACAAGGUUGUUGCUGUUCAGUUCUGUAACAAUGGAGACAGUUUAAGAUUUGUUAGUGGAAGUAGAGAUGGAACGGCAAGAAUUUGGCAAUAUCAGCAACAAGAGUGGAAGAGUAUAGUGCUAGAUAUGGCUACUAAAAUGACUGGGAAUAAUUUGCCAUCUGGAGAAGACAAGGUCACUAAACUUAAGGUGACUAUGGUGGCCUGGGAUCGCUAUGAUACCACAGUUAUUACUGCAGUGAACAAUUUCCUUUUGAAAGUAUGGAAUUCUGUCACAGGCCAACUUCUUCAUACUUUAUCCGGACAUGAUGAUGAAGUAUUUGUUUUGGAAGCACAUCCAUUUGAUCAAAAGAUCAUACUUUCGGCAGGUCAUGAUGGGAACAUUUUUAUUUGGGACCUUGACCGGGGGACCAAAAUUCGGAAUUAUUUUAACAUGAUUGAAGGUCAAGGCCAUGGUGCAGUGUUUGACUGUAAAUUUUCACCAGAUGGAAACCAUUUUGCCUGCACUGAUUCUCAUGGGCAUUUGCUGCUUUUUGGAUUUGGAUGCAGUAAAUACUAUGAAAAGAUUCCAGAUCAGAUGUUCUUCCAUACGGAUUAUCGACCUCUUAUCCGUGAUGCCAACAACUAUGUAUUGGAUGAACAAACCCAACAAGCUCCUCAUCUCAUGCCUCCCCCAUUCUUGGUGGAUGUUGAUGGAAAUCCUCAUCCCACAAAAUUCCAAAGGCUAGUACCAGGACGGGAAAAUUGUAAAGAUGAACAGCUUAUACCACAGCUGGGAUAUGUGGCUAAUGGUGAUGGUGAAGUAGUAGAACAGGUAAUUGGGCAACAAACCAAUGACCAAGAUGAGAGCAUUCUUGAUGGAAUAAUCAGGGAGUUACAAAGAGAACAAGAUCUGAGGCUAAUUAAUGAAGGAGAUGUUCCACAUUUUCCAAUUAAUAGAUCAUAUUCUGCUAAUGGUGCUCUGAGAAAUCCAAAUAUGGACAUAUCUUCUUCCCCAAACAUUGGACUCCGACGUAGUGGUCAAAUUGAAGGUGUCCGACAAAUGCAUAACAAUGCUCCUAGAAGCCAGAUGGCCACUGAAAGAGAUCUCAUGGCAUGGAGCAGAAGAGUGGUGGUCAAUGAACUAAAUAAUGGGGUUAGUAGGGUUCAGGAAGAAUGUCGAACUGCUAAAGGUGACAUAGAAAUCAGUCUUUAUACAGUUGAAAAGAAGAAAAAGCCCUCUUAUGCUACCCAAAGGAAUGAUUAUCCGCCUAGCUGUGGGCGGUCUUUACGAAGGACACAACGCAAACGUCAGCAUACUUACCAAACACGAUCCAACAUAGAGCAUAAUUCACAAGCAUCAUGUCAAAAUUCAGGUGCACAGGAAGACUCAGAUAGCUCCUCAGAGGAAGAUGAAACAGUUGGCACAAGUGAUGCUUCUAUAGAGGAUCCUGUUAUUGAAUGGCAAAGUGAAAGUUCCUCCAGUGAUUCAUCAAGUGAAUAUUCUGAUUGGACAGCAGAUGCUGGAAUAAAUUUGCAACCUCCAAAAAGGCAAACGAGACAGGCAACACGGAAAAUAUGCAGCAGCUCUGAGGAGGAGAAUUUGAAGUCACUUGAAGAACGGCAAAAGAAACCUAAACAGACUAGAAAGAAGAAAGGAGGACUGGUUUCUAUGGCAGGUGAGCCCAAUGAAGAAUGGUUUGCCCCUCAGUGGAUCUUGGAUACCAUACCACGACGUUCCCCGUUUGUCCCACAGAUGGGAGACGAGCUUAUAUAUUUUAGGCAAGGACAUGAAGCUUAUGUACGGGCUGUAAGAAAAUCAAAAAUAUACAGCGUUAACCUACAAAAACAGCCAUGGAAUAAAAUGGAUCUCAGGGAACAAGAAUUUGUUAAGAUUGUAGGAAUCAAAUAUGAGGUUGGACCACCUACACUGUGCUGCUUGAAGCUUGCAUUUCUGGACCCCAUUUCAGGCAAAAUGACUGGAGAAUCUUUUUCCAUUAAGUAUCAUGACAUGCCAGAUGUCAUUGACUUCCUUGUGCUACACCAGUUUUAUAAUGAAGCCAAAGAAAGGAACUGGCAGAUUGGUGAUAGAUUCCGCAGUAUAAUAGAUGAUGCCUGGUGGUUUGGGACCGUGGAGAGCCAGCAGCCUUUUCAACCAGAGUAUCCUGAUAGUUCUUUCCAGUGUUACAGUGUUCACUGGGACAAUAACGAGAGAGAAAAGAUGAGUCCCUGGGAUAUGGAGCCAAUUCCAGAAGGAACUGCCUUUCCAGAUGAAGUUGGUGCUGGUGUUCCUGUGUCCCAGGAGGAAUUGACUGCUUUGCUAUACAAACCUCAGGAAGGAGAGUGGGGGGCUCAUUCCAGAGAUGAGGAAUGUGAACGAGUUAUUCAGGGCAUCAACCACCUUCUUUCCCUGGAUUUUGCCAGCCCUUUUGCUGUUCCAGUGGAUCUCAGUGCCUAUCCCUUGUAUUGUACUGUAGUUGCUUAUCCAACUGACCUCAACACCAUCAGGCGGAGACUUGAAAAUCGCUUUUACAGGAGAAUAUCAGCAUUAAUGUGGGAAGUACGCUACAUUGAGCAUAAUGCUAGGACUUUCAAUGAGCCAGACAGUCCUAUAGUUAAAGCAGCCAAAAUUGUAACUGAUGUCUUACUUCGAUUUAUUGGGGAUCAGAGCUGUACUGAUAUACUGGAUACUUAUAAUAAAAUUAAAGCAGAAGAACUAAACAGUACUGAUGCAGAGGAGGAUACAGAAAUGGUUGACUUAGAUUCAGAUGGUCCUGGUACUUCAUCUGGAAGAAGGGUCAAAUGCCGAGGCAGAAGACUGUCUUUAAAGUGUAAUCCUGAUGCUUGGAGAAAACAGUGCACAGAACUGUUGGGCCUCAUUUAUGAACGUGAAGACUCAGAGCCAUUUCGACAGCCAUCUGAUCCUCUUUCCUACCCAGGCCAUCAAGAGCAAGAGGGCGAAUCCUCUGAGUCAGUUAUUCCAGAACGGCAACAAGAUCCAUCUCUUUGUGAGGAUUGUCAUGUUAUAGACACUCCUAUGGACUUCAGCACUGUGAAAGAAACUUUGGAAGCAGGAAACUAUGGUAGUCCUCUGGAAUUUUAUAAGGAUGUUCGCCAAAUAUUCAGCAACUCCAAAGCUUAUACCUCUAAUAAAAAGUCAAGGAUCUAUAGCAUGACAUUGCGAUUAUCUGCCUUAUUUGAAAGUCAUAUUAAAAAUAUCAUCUCUGAAUAUAAGUCAGCAAUCCAGAGUCAGAAGAGGAGAAGGCCACGGUACAGAAAACGUCUAAGAAGCAGCAGCAGUUCAUUAUCUAGUAGCAGAGCUCCUAGUCCAAAAGGGAAACAGAAACAAAUGAAGUUACAGUCUAAAAAUGACCAGAAUACCUCAGUGUCUUAUGCCAGGACUAGCUCUCCUUUCUCAUCUCCUGUUUCAGAUGCUACUGAAGGGCUGUCACUGUAUUUACUUGAUGAUGAACUGGAUGGGCCAUUUUCUUCAUCGAGCUUCAGUGGAUAUAGCCGAAGUGGAAAUAGCCAUGACCCAGGGAAAGCCAAAUCAUUUCGAAAUAAAGUUUUGCCGAUUAAACAAGAUCACUUCCUUGAUGGACCUCUUACAAAUGGUGAUGGCCGAGAUCCCCGGGCAGGAAUCAAGAGAAAACUGCUUAGUGCAUCAGAAGAAGAUGAGAGCGUGGGAAGAGAAGAGAAAGAGAAAAAAGAAACAAAAGAGAAAUCACAUUUAUCUUCCUCAGAGAGUGGAGAGUUAGGAUCCAGUUUAAGUUCUGAAAGUACCUGUGGUUCUGAUUCUGACUCUGAAUCAACUUCCAGAACAGAUCAAGAUUACGUAGAUGGAGACCAUGACUAUAGCAAAUUCAUACAAACUAGGCCUAAAAGAAAACUCAGAAAGCAAUAUGCCAAUGGAAAAAGAAACUGGAAGACGAGAGGCACGGGAGGAAGAGGCAGAUGGGGCAGAUGGGGUAGAUGGAGUAGAGGAGGCAGAGGAAGAGGAGGCAGGGGACGAGGCAGUCGAGGAAGAGGUGGAGGUGGCACGAGAGGGAGAGGGAGAGGGAGAGGAGGAAGAGGUGCUUCUAGAGGAGCCACCAGAGCCAAACGUGCACGUAUUGCAGAUGAUGAAUUUGAUACUAUGUUUUCAGGACGUUUCAGUAGACUGCCUCGAAUUAAAACAAGAAACCAAGGCAGGAGGACUGUUUUAUAUAAUGAUGAUUCUGAUAAUGACAAUUUUGUGUCCACUGAAGAUCCUCUAAAUCUUGGUACAUCCAGAUCAGGCAGAGUCCGUAAAAUGACAGAAAAAGCCAGGGUUAGCCAUCUCAUGGGAUGGAAUUAUUAACAGUUAAUAAAUUUAGAAUAAUUUUAAAAAUUUAAUGGCCUUCUACUGCAGGGAAUUUACCAGGAAAUCUACAAAGCAAGUUGUGUGGGGACUUCUGCUUCCUUUCACAUUGGUGCUUUUCCAUUAUGCCAGUAUACAUUUGUUUCAAGACUUUUGAUCUCCACACUUCAUUUGUUCAAACAAGCCUUACUCAUUAGGCCUUAAAUUUUAAAAAAUUCUACACACACACACACACACACACACACACACACACACACACACACACACCACAGACACACUACAGAUUUACUACAUGAAGGGAGCAUUCAGCUUCUUAAGAGUAGCAUGACAUUUUUAUCUCAAUGGAAUAUCCCUCUUUUGCUUUUGUAUCACAGAAGUAUAGCACCUUCUUACAGAGUUUUAUAUAGUUUGUUUUUGCCAUUUUGAUUCCUGUACCAGUAAUAAUAACUUUUGCACAAUACACCAAUCCUAAAGGCAGCUAUUAAAUGUUUACAGUUUCUAUAUUGUAAGAACGAUCUGGAUUAUUUUACUCUUCCCAGGCCAAACUUUCAUGAAUUGUACUGAACUGAAGUAUAUAUUUAUACUACAGUUUUUUUUGGGGGGUGGGGGGUUCUUAAUAUGCUUUUCAUUGAUUUGCUUAAUUCAUGUUAAAGGUGAGAAAGGGUUGGUGCCUUGUAAAUAUGUAGCAAAUCUUUGUGGUGUGUCCUGAUGUGUGCAUUAACUUUAUUAAAAAAAUAAUACUUGAGGUAUCAAUCUAGACAAGGUGCCAAAUGCAAAAGUUUCUUGCAUCCAUUUUCUUUUUCCUAUUAUAUUUUAUUGCAUUAAUAGAACUUGUGUAGCUUAAAAAAUAACUUAAACAUUUGAAAAAUCCUCAUCCACAAAGAAUAACUUAAUAGUAGCUCAGCUACCUCUAUUAACUACAACUACUGGAAACGUUAAGAAAAAUAGAUGCUGUUAUUCAUUACUAAGGAGAAAUAGAACAAGCUUGGUAGGAAUGAAUACUCAUAAGUUAUAAGCUGAGAGGUUGUUAAUAAUUGUAUUGGCUCUCAAAUUAAUAGUUGUAAUUAACAAACUUUCUUUAGUAUGCUCUACCUUAUUAGGCUUUUCUUAGAACAUAUUUGUAUAAGUAGACUUGAUCUACUACUUAUAUAUCUCUGCUACCACUUACUAUUUAACAGCUGUGAGUGACUAGUUUUGAAUUUUAAAAUGUAAUACAGCACCUAGUUUGAGUUGGAAUGUUUUGGCUAGCUAAUAUUUUGAAUCAACUUUAAUAGGGUUCUGCUCAUACCAUUCCAAAGGGUUCUUCUGUGAUAAUGUUUCAGAAUAGAACCUGGUUGCACUGCACACUGAUAUUUUGAGUCAUUAUUUUAUAGAUUAAAAAAACUUUAAACCGUAUGGUCUUGUUUACAGCAGUAGAGUGCACAUGGUUCCAU